AUGGCAUCAGCUCUUGUAACUCAGGUGAUGGUGGCCAUUCUGGUGGCUCAGCCAUCCCAGUUUUCCACCGAGAAAGCCAAGGUGGCUUUUGUUGUUAAUCUCCUCUCUGGCAAUACGGCCUUAUGGGGGUCAACGGUGAGGGAUCAAAAGCUCCCUUGCUGUGAAUCCUUCACGACCUUUACUGAGAAGUUGAAGAAGGUGUUCGACCGGGCAGCCUCUGGAAGAGAAUCGGCACGCUUCCUGUCUGAUUUGCGUCAGGGCACACGCAGCGUGGCUGAUUGCGCCAUUGAGUUCCGCACGUUGGCAGCUGAUCCGGAUGGAAAAAGCUCAAUGGGACAUUCUGUGCCCUUUUUGGGACACAUCGUGUCAGUAGAUGGAUUUCACAUGGAUCCAGAGAAGAUUCAGGCUGUGGUGAAUUGGCCAACUCCAGAUUCUCGCCAGGCCCUGCAGAGGUUUCUGGUUGAUAUACACGAGUGGAUUCACACCAACUUCCUAGAAAAUAAUUCUGAAAAACAGAAGCUGAAUCUGGUGCUGUGUGGAAGUGAUGGAUCACUUAAGGUCUCAGCAUCCAAACUUUUACGAGGAAAACCAAUUACUAUUUCACACCAGAGAUCAAGCAGUGAAGAUUUUUUUAAGAAAGAGGAGAAGGUUCAUAGUUAUCAGACCAGUCUUGUGAAUCUUCCAGCUCUCACUCGUCUCUCAGAAGAUGAAGUGAUGAAUCAGACUCUGAACUGUGUCUCUCUGUCUGAUCCUGGAGUUCAUGCUUUCCUCCUCAUUAUUCCUGUUGGACCACUGACUGAUGAAGACAAACUGGAAGUUGAGAAGGUUUUGAAUAUAUUUGACACCAAGCAGCAUCUCAUAGUGAUAUUUAUCAGUGAUGGCACAAUUAAAAGUCCAGUGAGGGACUUCAUAAAAUCCACCCCAGAAUGUCAAAAGUUGAUCAGUCAUUGUGGAGGUCUUUACUGUGUCAUGGGUCUAAAAGAACCUGCAAGCUCAAGACAGAUCCCAGAACUGCUGGAGUAUAUAGAGAAGACAAAGACUAAAACAUAUUCGACUCAGAUGUUUGUGAAAGCUCAGAAAAACAGAGGCAGACGUGAAGUAGAGGAGAAAUAUCAAGAAGAACUGAAGAGACUGAAGAAUAUAAUCAAAGAGCUUCAAGAGAAGGGUCAGUCAGAAGGUGAUUGUACAGAAGAUCUGCAGUGUCUCAGGAUUGUGCUGAUUGGAAGGACAGGAAAUGGAAAGAGCGCAACAGGAAACACUAUUCUGGGAAGAGAAGAGUUUCUGAGUCAAGUAAGCAUGGAUUCAGUGACGACUGUCUGUGAGAAAGGAGUUGGAGAAGUUGAUGGUCGAUCAGUAGCUGUUGUUGAUACUCCAGGACUCUUCGACACAACACUGACAAAUGAUCAAGUGGUGGAAGAAAUAGUAAGGUGUGUUUCAUUGUCAGCUCCUGGACCUCAUGUGUUUAUCAUUGUGUUGAGUUUGGGAAGAUUCACCAAAGAGGAGACAGACACUAUUGAUCUGAUCAAGAAGAUCUUUGGUCCAGAAGCUGCUCAGUUCAGCAUCGUUCUGUUCACCAGAGGAGACGAUCUUAAAGGUCAGCCUAUAGAGGAUUACGUGAAAAAAGGACGCAAUGCAGAACUGAAGAAACUGAUUAGCGAUUGUGGAAACAGAUUCCUGGCUUUCAAUAACAGAGAAAAACAAGACAAAACUCAAGUGAUGAAGCUGUUAAAGAUGAUAGAAGAGGUGAAGAGUAAUAAUCAGGGAGGAUACUUCACUAACAGCAUGUUUGAGGAGGCAGAGAUGUCUAUUAAGAAGAAGAUGGAGGAAAUACAGAAAGAGAGAGAAAAAGAGAUUCAGAAACAGAAAGAAGAGUUACAAGACAAAUAUGAGAUGGAGAUGAAGGACAUGAUGAAGAAACUCGAGGAAGAAAAACAAAGAGCAGAAGAGGAGAGAAAUAAAAUGGAGAAUCAACUGAAAGAAAAAGAGGAAAAACUCAAAAAAGAGUUUGAAGAGAAGGAGAAAACAGAUCAAAAGAAACGAGAGAUUGAAAACCAGAAACGAUUAGAAGAGGAAAAACAGCAAAGAGCUGAAUAUGAUCAGAGAAUAGAAGAAAUGAUGAGAGAGAUUGACAAUCAGAGAUCACAGUAUGAACAACAGCAGAAAGAAAGAGAAGAAGACAGAAAGAGAGAAGAGAAAUACAGACAAGACCAAGACAAGAUGAGAAAUGAACAAGAGCGUAUUAUAGACGAAUUAAAGAUGAGACAAGAGGAGGAAACAAAAAAGAGGGAUUUGGAGAAGAAAAGAAGAAAUGAAGAA